AUGGCUGAAUACGAAGAAGGCUACGAGUACGAUGAGUAUGGGGAGGAGGACGCUGGGAUCACGGCCGAGGACUGCUGGACGGUUAUCUCAUCGUUCUUCGAGUCCAAAGGUCUAGUCUCACAACAGCUCGAUUCUUUCGAUGAAUUUGUGUCUACGACGAUGCAGGAAUUGGUAGAGGAGAACUCACAACUCACCCUCGAUCAGAACAAUCCACCACACUCCGAAGACAACCCUAUCACCGUUCGAAGAUAUGAGAUCAAGUUUGGUACGGUCUUGUUGUCGCGGCCAGCAAUGACAGAAGGCGAUGGAAGUACACAAGUCAUGCUACCCCAAGAAGCGCGACUGCGAAACCUGACCUACUCGAGCCCUCUGUACCUCGAAAUGACAAAGAAGGUAUCGGUGGCUGUGGAGCGCGACAUUCCUCUCAAUGAGCUUGAUGAAGAGCAGGAGGCAGAGAUGGCCAGAAGUGGCGAGAUUCCGACAAGACUGCUCUGGGAAGAUGAAGAUGGUGGACAGGUUGGGGAUAAAGGAGAGCCGGCAAUGGAUCGGGUCUUCAUUGGGAAGCUUCCCAUUAUGCUGAAAUCGAAAUACUGCAUAUUGAAGGAUCUCGAUGAAGACGAUCUCUAUGCCUGGAACGAAUGUCCAUACGACCAAGGUGGUUACUUCAUCAUCAACGGCAGCGAAAAAGUCCUGAUCGCGCAGGAGCGCAGUGCAGCGAACAUCGUCCAGGUAUUCAAGAAGGCACCGCCCAGUCCUACUCCAUUCAUUGCCGAGAUUCGAAGCGCUCUCGAGAAGGGGUCGCGUCUGAUCUCAUCGAUGACCAUCAAGCUUUUCGCAAAAGGCGAUGGUCAGAGAGGUGGUUUCGGCCAAACUAUCAAAUCAACUUUACCAUAUAUCAAGACCGAUAUCCCGAUCGCUGUCGUAUUCCGAGCGCUCGGUGUCGUCUCUGACGAGGACAUCUUAAACCACAUUUGCUAUGACCGUACAGAUACCCAAAUGCUGGAGAUGCUGAAACCCUGUAUCGAAGAGGCUUUUGUCAUCCAGGACCGAGAAGUUGCCUUGGACUUUAUUGGCAAGCGUGGUAGUGGAGCGACAUUGACCCGUGACAAACGUGUCAAGUACGCUCGCGAUAUCAUGCAGAAGGAGCUGCUUCCCCAUAUUUCUCAAAAGGAAGGCAGCGAGACCCGCAAGGCGUUCUUCUUGGGCUACAUGGUCCAUAAGAUGUUGCAGUGCGCUCUUGGUCGUCGCGAAACUGAUGAUCGAGAUCAUUUUGGAAAGAAGCGAUUGGAUCUGGCCGGCCCGCUACUUGCGAAGCUUUUCCGAAGUUUGUUCCGCAGACUUACUCAAGACGUCUAUAAAUACCUCCAAAGAUGCGUAGAGAACAAUCGCGAGUUCAAUCUCACGCUCGGAGUCAAGGCAACUACACUCACAAAUGGUCUCAAAUACUCCUUGGCCACAGGAAACUGGGGUGAUCAAAAGAAGGCAGCUAGCUCAACUGCUGGUGUCUCCCAAGUACUCAACAGAUAUACCUUUGCUUCUACUCUUUCUCAUCUACGCCGAACUAAUACCCCUAUUGGCCGUGAUGGGAAAAUUGCGAAGCCUCGUCAACUGCACAACACUCAUUGGGGUCUGGUCUGUCCAGCUGAGACUCCUGAGGGACAAGCUUGUGGUCUCGUCAAGAAUUUGGCACUCAUGUGCUAUGUGACCGUUGGUACUCCCAGCGAUCCUAUCAUCGAGUUUAUGAUCCAGCGGAACAUGGAAGUUCUUGAGGAAUACGAACCUUUGCGGUCGCCGAACGCCACCAAAGUCUUCGUUAAUGGUGUCUGGGUGGGUGUUCACAGAGACCCAGCCCACCUCGUCAAGACUGUUCAGAAUCUUCGAAGAUCCCACUUAAUUUCUCAUGAAGUCUCUCUGAUUCGAGAUAUUCGAGAUCGAGAGUUCAAGAUUUUCACAGAUGCCGGGAGAGUUUGCAGGCCGCUAUUUGUCAUCGACAACGAUGUCGAUAGCCCUAAUAAAGGCAACCUAGUUCUGAACAAGGAUCAUAUUCGAAGAUUGGAAGAUGACCAGGCCAUGGCCGCCAAUUUGGAUGCGGAGGCAAAAGCAGAGCAAGGCUACUUCGGUUUCCAAGGACUGAUCAAUGAGGGUGUAGUGGAGUAUGUUGAUGCCGAGGAGGAAGAGACAGUCAUGAUCGUCAUGACCCCAGAAGAUUUGGAUAUUUCAAGACAACUCCAGGCUGGAUACCAGAUUCGCCCGGACGAGAGUGGAGACUUGAACAAGAGAGUGAAAGCUCCAAUGAACCCUACAGCGCAUAUUUGGACUCAUUGUGAGAUUCAUCCAAGUAUGAUUUUGGGAAUUUGCGCGAGCAUUAUUCCCUUCCCAGAUCAUAAUCAGUCUCCCCGUAAUACUUACCAAUCCGCUAUGGGCAAGCAAGCUAUGGGAGUGUUCCUCACAAACUUUGACCAGCGUAUGGACACCAUGGCGAACAUUCUGUACUAUCCACAGAAGCCUCUUGCAACUACUCGUUCUAUGGAGUUCUUGAAAUUCCGAGAACUUCCCGCCGGUCAGAACGCCAUUGUCGCCAUUGCUUGUUACUCUGGAUACAACCAAGAAGAUUCCGUCAUCAUGAACCAGAGUAGCAUCGAUCGUGGCCUUUUCCGAAGUCUGUUCUAUCGUGCCUACACAGACCAGGAGAAGCGUAUUGGCAUGAAUGUGGUUGAACAAUUCGAGAAGCCAUUUAGACAAGAUACAUUGAAACUGAAGCAUGGGACUUAUGACAAGCUCGAUGAUGAUGGAAUCGUCGCGCCAGGUGUUCGUGUUUCGGGAGAGGAUAUCAUCAUCGGCAAGACUGCGCCAAUUGCACCAGAUGCCGAAGAGCUUGGGCAGCGUACAAAGGCACAUGUCAAGCGAGAUGCAUCCACUCCCUUGCGUAGCACGGAGAACGGUAUUGUCGACCAGGUCCUCAUCACAACCAAUGCCGAAGGUCUCCGCUUCGUGAAGGUACGAAUGCGAACAACCAAGAUCCCACAGAUUGGCGAUAAGUUUGCUUCUCGUCACGGUCAAAAGGGAACUAUCGGUAUUACCUACCGACAAGAGGAUAUGCCUUUUACUAGGCAGGGAAUCGUGCCGGACUUGAUCAUCAAUCCUCAUGCCAUUCCGUCUCGUAUGACAAUUGCUCAUUUGAUUGAAUGUCAAUUGAGUAAGGUCUCCACGCUCCGAGGUCUUGAAGGUGACGCUACACCCUUCACGGAAGUCACUGUUGAUUCAGUUUCCAAGCUCCUCCGUGAUCAUGGGUAUCAAUCUCGUGGCUUUGAGAUCAUGUAUCAUGGCCAUACUGGACGCAAGCUUAUGGCACAAGUAUUCCUGGGUCCAACUUACUACCAACGUCUUCGUCACAUGGUCGAUGACAAGAUCCACGCGCGAGCCAGAGGGCCUGUUCAGAUUCUGACAAGACAGCCAGUGGAAGGUCGUGCUAGAGAUGGUGGUCUUCGUUUCGGAGAAAUGGAGCGUGAUUGUAUGAUCUCUCACGGAGCAAGUGCUUUCUUGAAGGAGAGAUUGUUCGAGGUAUCGGAUGCUUUCAGAGUCCACGUUUGUGACAUCUGUGGACUUAUGACACCGAUUGCUAAACUUUCCACACAAUCUUUCGAGUGCAGACCUUGCAAGAACAAAACCAAGAUUUCUCAGAUCCACAUUCCCUACGCUGCCAAGUUACUCUUCCAAGAGCUGGCAUCGAUGAACAUCGCAUCUAGAAUGUUCACCAAGCGAUCCGGGAUUUCAGUUCGCUGA